CGCGUCGACGUGCUCCGACAUCGUCUCCUUCUUCUUCUUGUCGAUUUGUGAGGCGCACUUUUGUGUGAGGGGAAAUAAAACCGUUAUCGCGGCUUCACCAGAAAUAUAUUGGCUGGGAACGCGCGUUGCGGAUACAGGAGCAAGGAAGGAAGGCGGCGGUGCCUCCUCCUGCUGAGCUGAGCUGCUAUCCUUUCACAGGAGGCCUUGCACCCAUGCUUAUUUUGAACCCCCUGUGCAGUGGGAGCCCUCUCAGCAUUCUGACUUGGAGGCACGUCUUUUAAGUGAACUCCCUCUGCUUCUUCAGCACCCUCAUCAUACAGCUGCACAGAGCCCUGCAGUACAACCAUGACUGACACAGUGAUGGGUGGGAGCUCACAAUGCUGGGGUCCCAGCGAUAGACAAACAGCCAUGCACUCCAACGGAAAGGACCAGAUGAGGCAUGCUAGCCACGACCCUGGACCCGACCUUACUGACGAAGAGAAGGAGAUCAUCAAUAGCGUGAUUGCCCGGGCCGAGAAGAUGGAGGCCAUGGAGCGGGAGCGAAUUGGCCGCCUGGUAAAUCAGCUGGAGAACAUGAAGAAAUCAGUGUGUGGUGAUGGUGUGUCCAGGUGUCUGCUGUGUGGGGAGCAGCUGGGCACGCCAGGGGUCAGUUCCGUGGUGUGUGAAGAUUGCAAGAAGCACAUGUGCACCAGGUGCAGCAUGCAGAACACCAGCCGGCCGCGAGCAGUUCGACUCUGUAAGAUCUGCAGUGAGCAGAGAGAGGUGUGGAAGCGUUCUGGGGCCUGGUUCUUUAAGGGCAUGCCUAAGCAGUUUCUCCCCACACCCAUGCCCAUCUCCAAGAAUCAUAAAUCCAGCACUCAGCAAGCUAAGAGCUCUGCGGAGCAGCCUGUUCCUGAGACAAGUGCUGCUGGUCAACCUAGGACACAAGGCAGGGGCUCUGUGGAGGGUUACAUCUCUGGUGCUGAGCGACAUGCUGCAGACACACCACACUCAGCCCAACGGGGCUACCCACCUGUACCCCCAAAGCCCACCGAAAUGCAUAUGGGUCCAGCAGGGGUUGGGGGCCAAUGCAGUCCCCACCCCAGUGAGGAGAACAGCGAGGCUCAAGAUAGCCUGGUGGUGGCAAGAAGGGCUGUUCCAGUCCAGAACUCUAGACCUCCACAGGCACCGGCCAAGCAUGAGAUGGAGAGUGCGUACCCCACUGCACUGCCUCAGCUCAGGGAGGAAAGGGGGCCCCCUGCAACUCUGGAGGACCGAAGACAACCUGCAGCCUACAACCGCACCCCUGCUCGGCAGCAACCACAUCCUCCCGAGGAUGAUGAGGAGGAAGCCAACAGUUAUGACUCAGAUGAAACAACUGCUCUGGGUUCACUGGAGUUCAGCUUGCUGUAUGAGCAGGAGAAUAACAGUUUGCACUGCUGCAUCAUGAGGGCCAAGGGACUGAAGCCGAUGGACUCCAAUGGGCUUGCAGACCCCUAUGUCAAACUGCACCUGCUGCCUGGGGCUAGUAAGUCCACAAAACUACGAACCAAGACACUACGCAACACACGAAAUCCUGUGUGGAAUGAGACACUGGUGUACCAUGGUUUGACAGAUGAGGACAUGCAGCGCAAGACACUCAGGCUUUCAGUUUGUGAUGAGGACAAGUUUGGCCACAACGAAUUCAUUGGUGAAACGAGGGUGGCUCUGAAAAAGCUAAAGAUGAACCAGCGGAAGAACUUUAACGUAUGCCUGGAGAGAGUGGUUCCAAUGAAGAGGACUGGAACAGCAGGUGUUGCACGUGGCAUCGCACUCUACGAGGAAGAGCAGACAGGGAAGGACAUUGGUGACCUGGAGGAGCGGGGCCGCAUCUUGAUCUCGCUCAUGUAUAACAGCCAGCUGAGCCGGCUUAUCGUGGGUGUCGUACGCUGCGUGCAUCUUGCUGCCAUGGAUGCCAAUGGCUACUCCGAUCCCUUCGUCAAAAUCUGUCUGAAACCAGACAUGGGCAAGAAAGCCAAGAACAAAACACAGAUCAAAAAGAAGACACUGAAUCCUGAGUUCAAUGAGGAAUUCAGCUAUGACAUCAAACACAGCGAGCUGGCAAAGAAGACACUCGACAUCUCAGUGUGGGACUAUGAUAUUGGGAAGUGCAAUGAUUACAUUGGAGGAUGUCAGCUGGGCAUCACAGCCAAAGGGGAACGUCUGAAGCACUGGUAUGAGUGCCUGAAGAACAAGGACAAGAAAAUUGAGAAAUGGCACACUCUGCUGAAUGAGAAUCAUGUUGCUAGUGACUAGGUGGCAACAUGCUCCACAUUUUUGUUCAAACUUUGCUUCUUGUACUUAAGUCUUGCACCAUCCAUGAAUAAUGCUUGAAGUUCUACACUUGUGAACAUUUCAAACAUACACUUUAAUUUAUU